AAUUUGAGCAAGGCCCUUUUUGGGAAGCUGUUUAUUUUCGAAUUUCGAUUGUUUGUGUUAAAUUUUGUUAUUUACUUGUAAAAAAUAACUUUAAGAUAAUGGAAUUUCAGUCAAAGCCUAUUGGGCUACAUCUGGCCAGCAUGAGCACUUGCCAAUGCCAUUGAUUUCAUUCACAUUCUUCAUUCACACUUUUACUACCUAUCAAUCUGAAAGUUGCUGAGCAAGCGAGUGGAACUUGGAUCUUGGGAUUUAUUGUAUUUACAUAAUUGGUUGAUUUCACAUUAAUGAGAUCAACAUGGAAGCAUUGAAUGGCCCACCCAUCGUAGCUACUGAUGGCCGAGACUUCAUCCAUCGCCAGCGAGUGGCAAGGCAGUAUCAGAUCAGUGCCCGGACAAAAUGGAGGCUCAAAUUCUGUGUGGCAAUGCAUUUUUUGUUGUUUCUCAUAAUGAUACUCAAACUGUCAUCAGAUAUUCUGGAUAAGCUAGACAUUUUCAUUUUGGAGAUCGAGGAACUCGAGAUUCCUCCGCCUGUCAAAUGGGAGUACAUAUGGAGCUUCAGCGUUUUAUAUUCUUUGUGUGCACUUUCUGCUUGCAAGACAAAUAGUGUUUUUUAUCUACAGAUCUACAUAGGAGGUAUUGCCACGCUGGGCCUGGGGCCGGCGCUGGGUGCGCUCUGCUACUACCUGCCCGACGCGUACCGGUUCGUGUCAGCUGAGACACCCGAGGAGGCGGCUGAUGUCCCUAUGUGGCAGGGUCUUCCGUACAGCAUCAUCAACCUGGCCUUCCUGCUGCCCGUACUGCAAGUCCACGGGUUCGCUCUCUUCUUCAGCGGCCGGCUUCUGUCGGCUUGGAAGGCUCGCGGUACUAAAAAGACCCAGUGAGGCCCAGUGGGUCUAACUAGCGGCCCCGAGGAAUCUCCAGACCCGGCGGCGGGCUGCCGCCCCUCCCCUUCACUGCCACCCAGUGUGCCUUGCUGUUGUUGCGGUGGAGUGCGAGCUUCACGGGUGCUGUUCUGACGCGUUGUUAUCACCCACGCUGCUGGUUGCCUCCGUGUGUCUGUGUGUACGCUUUCAGCGUCUCUGUUACGCUAAGUUGAAAACGUGUGGUUUUGCGCUAGUGUGGAACACAUGAGUUCAGUUUAGCAGGACAGAGCUGCCAAACGGGCCUGGUGCCAUGUCGACUGGGGCUGGUCCCCUAAUGACGCUCCCUACUCGAGUUUCCUAGUCACGUGAGCGGUGCGGGCGUCUCCCCCAGGGAGGCCGGUGCUCCCGCCCCUCCUCAACCCACCGAAGGUCGGGGCGUCGAGUCCCUUUACGCGGGACUGAGACGUCGGGACAGUUUUCGAAUGCUCCCUGUUGAAUACCGUGCAUGAUGCCUCAGAGUGUCGAACAAACAAACCAAAGUUGUGCA